AUGUCGGACCGCGUCAAGUUUGCACUCUUCGGCCUCGGCCGUCUGGGAGUCCUUCGAGCCCAAAUUCUCGCCUUCCAGCAACCUCGUAUCGAGCUCGUCGCCGUCUGCGAUACAAAGCCAGGCACCGACAAAUGGGCCUCUGAGAACCUGCCGCCAUCCGUCAAGUACUUCUCAGACCCCCAGGAAUGCUUGAAGAACAGCGGCGCUGAGGCCGUGCUCAUCUGCACCGCGACUGCAACACACGCGCCUUUGAUUUUGCAGGCCCUGGACCUAAACUUGCAUGUUAUGUGCGAGAAGCCUGUUUCUGUUGAUAUCGCUACUACAAAGGCGGUGGUUGAGAAGUCGGCUUCGAGGCCAGAUCUUAAGUUCUUUGUUCCCUUUACGCGGAGAUAUGAUAAGUCCUACCGCCAGGCCAAGGCACUAGUCGACAAUGGAGAUCUAGGUGAAAUCCACGCUGUCGAGACGACCGGCAUUGAUCAAGCAGACCCCAACGCCUUCUUCGUAUCCUUCUCUGAACAGUCCGGAGGCAUCUUCCUCGACUUUGGCAUUCACACCGUCGACGCCGGCCGAUACCUCCUCGACGUCAAAUCCGGCCUCUCAAACCCCAAGAAACAAGUCAACCGCGUCAUCGCCUUCGGGCAGAACGCCGUAUACACAGACCUAGCCAAGUACGGCGACGCCGACAACGCUUGGGGGUUGGUCGAAUACGCCAACGGCAAGAUCUUCAAGACGUAUCUCGGCCGCACACUGACCAGCGGAUUCGAGGAUACAACUCGACUAUGCGGUACAAAGGGACAUUCGAUCAUCAGUGCCAAUUCGAAUGUAGAGAUCCGUGACCAUCUGGGGAUUCGUACGAAGUCUGUUCCGGAUGCGUUUACGCUGUUUGAUGAGACCUUCCGCACGGAUUUGAAGGAGUUUGCGGAUGCGGUGCUUGAUGGGAAGCCGCUCACUUGUCAGCCUGAGGACGCGUUUGAGGCGGGCAAGAUUUGUGCGGCGUUGCAGUAUUCGUUUAGAAAGGGGGUUGCUGUGUAUUUUGAUGAGGAGGGGUUGCCUAUCAUGGAGUAGACAAGAAAGAAG